UUCAACAACAUUCGACGAUCAGUCGAGUUUGAACUUCAACAGGUGUUAAAACGAUUUCGUUCCGAGAGAAGCGGGAAUUCUGCCGCAUACGAGAGAUAUCGCGAUCAAAUUGAAAUUUGGAUUACUUCGCAUCAUUCGAGAGCAACGCAUUUUGCGCAGCCUACAAAAAACGCACGUAUACGAUCGAUAAAAAUGGGUCGCCAGCUAAGACUGGUGUUGCUGCUGGUCAUCUCACUGGUGGGUCUCCAUCUGAGCCACUCCAGUGCUCUGCAGCCAGCUCCUGCAGCCAAAGCUAAACUACUCAACGAUGACGUUGCCAGCACAGAAUUGGACUCCAAUGAGUUGCUUGACACUGAAACAAACAAAACUGUGAGCACAACGCCAGCUCCAAAGCCAAAGGCAAAGCAUCCAGUCAGUGAUGAGACAUUGGAGGAUCUGAUCGAGGCUGCCAAGCACAAUCUGGCUUUGGCUGAGGAUCCGCGAUUCAACAAAAUGCUGCCCGAUCGUGUGAAUUCAGAGAAUGCCACAAGCAUCAAGAAUAAUACUGAGGAGAACUAUGAGUACGAUGAUGACUAUGACUAUGAGAUGGAGAACUAUGAUAGCUCCGAGGAAGAUGAAUCGGAUAAUGUGGUCAAGGAGACGAGCACCACAACACGCACCAAGAAGACCAAGGUUGUCAAGACCACAACGCCCAAGCUGUAUCCCAUUGAGGAGAGCACAACAGCCAAGCCAAAGGCCAAGAUCAGCAAGGAUGUCGAUGGUGACACCAAGGAGAAUGACAUUGACGCCAGUUACGACGAGUACAUCGACGAAGACGACGAUGAUGAUGACGACGACGCAGACGACUCCGAUGAUGACGAUGAGUCCGACAAAAUUCAGGAUGAGGAGCAGGUCGUGUUCAGCGAAAAUGUGCCAUGCCCUAGAUACUGCACCUGCUCUCGCAACAUCAACAGCUACCUGGUGGCAACUUGCUCCCGACUGGAUUUGGGCACACAGAAGUUCGGCUCGGAUAUCACCGAUUUGGUGGUGACAAAUGUCGGUCCAAAGUAUCCCAUUCCACUGGGUCCUAAGUUCUUCCAGCAGCUGGGACUGAAGUUUGUGGCCUCGAUUAAGAUUGCCAAUUGCACGGUUCAGUACAUGCAUGCCGAUGCCUUCCUUGGUCUGGACGACCUGUAUGCUGUUAAUAUGACCGAUGUUGGACUCGCUGUCUUCAAUCCCGAUACCUUUGCUCACAACAAGAAGCUGCGCAUGCUCACCAUCUCCGGCAACGAUCUGAGCGCCGUUUCUAGCCUCCAUUAUCUGCUCAAAUCUUCCACCAUUGAGGAAUUGGAUUUGUCGCGCAACAACCUGAUGGAACUGAAUCCCACCGCCUUCUCCAAACUGUCCAGCAUUGUGUAUAUUAAUCUGUCGCAGAACAACUUGCAAAAGAUUCCCGAGAAGCUCUUUGAAUCGGUUGACACCAUCGAGGAAUUGGAUCUGUCUUACAAUUCGCUGAAGGAACUGCCGGCCAACCUCUUCAAUGGCACCAGCAUGUCGAUUCUGCAUCUGAAGUACAACACAUUCACUGGUGAUCUGCACUUCGGCAUCAAGGAACUGCAACAGGUGGAUUUGAGCUUCAAUUCCAUUGUCCAUGUGCGUCACAGCAUGUUCGACAAGAUGCCCGGCUUGACCAAUUUGAAUCUUAAGGGCAACGGCAUCACCAAGAUUCAGCCUGAUUCCUUCCUUACGCUGAAGAGCCUGCGUCACAUUGAUCUGUCGAUGAACGAACUGGAUCAAGUAUCCAGCAUGCUGUUCUUCAAGAACUCUGAGCUCGAUGUCAUUCGCCUCAAUGAUAAUCCACGCUUGAGCCAGCUGCCAACCGAUGGCUUCCUUAGCUACAAUGGCUUCUUCACCGUCUACUAUUUGGAUCUGUCCAAUUGCGCUGUUGGCGCCUUGGGACACAAGACAUUCUCUACAAUGCCACAUCUGACUACGCUUAAGUUGGCCUGGAACAACAUUAACAAUCUGCCACAUGAUACAUUCGCCAGUUUGACCAAGCUCAUCGACUUGGAUUUGAGCAACAAUUUGAUUGUGAAGUUGGACGAACUUGUCUUCAAGGAGAACAGCGAACUGACCAAGCUCAAUUUGGCUGGCAAUCCCAUCACCAGUCUUUCCAUGGGACUCUUCUUGCCGCUGCAACAGCUGCGUUAUCUGGAUGUCAACGAUUGCGAGCUGACCUCGUUGUCCAUGUUCCGUGAUACGGGAUUGGCCAAGGAUCUUAAGAUCUUCGAGACACUGCGUGGCGUGAAUGCCUCUGGCAAUUUGAUUAAAUACGUUGCUGCCGAAGACAUUAAGACCUUCAAGAACCUGCGUUCUCUGGAUCUUACCCAAAAUCCGCUGUACUGCAACGAUGAUUUCCAGAACUUCAUUAGCUACGUGUCGCUGCACAAAGUAAUGUCGAAGAAGGCGCCAGUAUUAUCCAGUCUGGAUGAUGUCUCGCUGAUCAACAUUCAGUACCAGAUGGGCUGGACUCAGUUGGCUCAGGAGGUGUGCAAGCACAAUGGCACCAUUAGCGAUAAGGAGUUUGAUCUCGAGAAACGCAUUGCAGAAACCGAGCGCAAGCUGAAGGAUGAUGAGGAUAAGCUGUUGAGCGUGCUGGACAAGAGUGUGCUAGAUAAAAAUAAGCUAAGCAAUAUGCAGAAGAUCAUGAAGGGAUCUCUGAGCACGGAGAACAACAAGGACAACGAUUCCGAGCUCUUGGAGAGUGGUGAGGAGGACUUGAACAAUGGUGGCGAGGAUAAGGAGCAAGAUACUGACAAUGACAGCGAGUACGAGGAAGACAGCGAGUAUGAAGAUGAUAGCGACAGUGAUGAAGAUGACGAUGCUAAGAAGAGCGACAAAAAGAAGAAGAGUGAUGCCGCCUUCCAGAAGUACAUGGAAUCCGUGCUGAAGCCCAAGGUCUAUGAUGGCAUUAAGGUCGAGGAAAUCGAUUUGUCCAAGGAAACUAAGGACAAGUUCUUGCUAGAUAAACUAGGAUCUGAUAGCGAAGAGGAGAACAGCGACGAGGAGGACGAGGAAGAGAUCUUCAUUCAGCGUGGUCAUGUCUACAAUAUGAGCUACAAAUACAUUGCGCCCACGAUCAUUGUCGUCUGCUGCUUGCUAAUGAUUCUGUUCGGUCUCUUCAAGAUCGCUGCGAUGGUUCUGCACAAGCGGGGCGAGCGUUAUCGCAUGGCCAUUCUGGCCUCGAAGAACUCCUUUGUGUACCAGAAGCUCUCCGAGGACAUUGUUAAGCCGGCGGUUAGCAAGGAACCAAAACAACCAAAGGUGCACAAAUAUGCGCCAAUCAAUCAGGUCUAAGUCCAUACCGUACCGCACAGUAAGAAAGAGAGAGCAGCUCCGAGAAGGACUUCGUCGAGUGCGGGAGUGUGUUGCGCUGUUUUUUUAAUUUAUAAGUUAAUUCAUAGAUAAAACACCAUUUUGCAAAAACAAAAACAACAGAUCAAGAAAUACAAAAGAUAAAACCGUACAAUAAGAAACGAAUGAAACGAUAAAUAACCCGUUGGCAAAGAGCAGAGCUAGAAGCGGAGCGAAGAGCAAGAUCAAGAGUCAUCUCUUGGCGUUAUGCGCGAAAAAGUAUUAGCAAAAACUGAAGAAAAUACUGAGGAAUGCCCCAAACCCCCCCUCCCUCCACCAGACCCCAAAAACA